AUGCUUCCAUUGACCCUUCUCGCCUCCACGGUCGACGCCAGCUUCUCCACCUGGCCGACCGUCGAUUGCGGCUCGCUACUGAGGGACGAUCUCGCGCCUCGCACCGCGGCGCUCGAUGACCUCCGAGAUGCGAUCGUGACCCGCGGCUUCUUCUACUGCGCUGGAGUCGGCGAGCUCUUCAACGAGUCGUACAUCGCGAGCAUGUACGACUUUAGCAGGCGGGCACACGCGCUCCCACCGGCCGUCAAGCGACGCCACUCACGGCCGCACGGCGGUUACACCGGCCCCGACGCCGGCGUGCUGGGCAACGUGCACGAGCUUGGCAAGCUGCCAUCCCUCCGGGCGUGGGACUACUCACGCGAGCCAAACGCCUUUGUCGCGGCCCAGUGCGCCGGCUCGCCGGCCUCGGCUGGAGGCAGCGGCGGCGGCGACGAGGGCGGCGGCAGCGGAAAGUACCCAGGCCCCGAGCUGCUCUCACCGCGGUUCGAGGAUGUGGUGGGCGACCUGUACGACCGGCAGCAGACGCUCGCGGCGGCGCUGCUCGAGGCGAUUGGCGAGGUGCUCGGCCUUCCGCCGGACGCCUUCACGCGCCACCUUGCCGACGGCGAGCUCGGCACGGUGCGGCUGAUGCGCGCAGAAGGGCUCGAGCUGCGCGACGUGUCUGGACGGUGGGCGGUGGCGCCGGUGCGGCCCGACGCGCUUGUGGUCAUCCUCGGCGAGCGCUGCGCUCGAGCGGAGCGGCGGCAGCGCGCACUCACACGUCCGCGACGCGUCCGCGACACGUCCGCAGGCGACGUUCUCGAGAGGAUGACGAAUGGCGUGUUGCGCGCGACGCCGCACCGCGUGCCGCUCGACGGCGCGGGAGGCGGCGAGCGCUACUCGAUCAUCCGCUUCUGCGCGCUGGCGGCGCACACACGCAUCGCGCCGAUGGAGGAGUUCGUCACGCCCGAGUCGCCCGCCCUGUACAGCGCGACGACGAUGGAGGAGCACCUCCGCGUCACGGUCGAGAACCUGCUCGCGGGGCGGGGCGCGUGGGAUAGUGAGACGGACGCCUCCGCCACCGCGACGUACGACCAUGCUGCGGCCCGGAGUCGCGAUGAGCUGUGA